AUGAAUUUAAAUCCAGAAACUACUCUCAAUUUAAGAAUUGACGAAAAUACAAAGUUAGUAAUUAAACAAAUAAUAGUUUAUGAUUAAUUUUCAGAAACCUUUAAUUCAUUAAUCAAAACCUAUUCAACAGCAGAUCAUAUUUGUGCAUACACAGCAUCUGCUAAUAUAAGAAUUCUUUAACAGUAUGGAAUAUAAGAAGGACUUAUUAAAUUGAAAGAUAUGAAUUUUGUUAAAAAUUUUGUAGAAGAUAUGAUGAAAUAUGUUUUCUAAUCUAGAUUAUCAUAUGCAAAGUAAAAAUGGAAUAAUAACAUUCAAAAAAUUAAAGAAUAUUGUAGAGAUUGGGUUGCAAAUUAUGAAUUAAGUGAUUAUAUGAAAACUUUAAAACUUGAAAAUGUGUAUAUUUUCAGGCAUGUAGGAUUAUUUCAUAAAGAUCUUUUUGAAAAAACUGAAAAUUAAGAGAGAGAAAGGAUCAUCUAAGAUGAAACUCCUUUUAAGGAUUAACCUUAUUUUAUCUAUUAUCCAAAAGAAGAUAAAUACAUUAGAAAAGAUUAAUUUACAAUUUAAGAUAACCACUUGUAUAUAUUUGAUACUAUGGGUCAUUUUAUUUGUGGUUGGGUCAAAAAUAAAGAUAAAAAAAAUAAGCAAAUCACUAUUCUGGAAACUAUACCACAUCGUGAUAGCAAAACAAAUAAAAAUUUAUAAAUAUUUUUUAUUUGA